AUGACAAAGACGCCGAUCCAGAUUUUCCGGACUGUUCAACAGGUCCGCCAAUGGAGACACCAGUGUCUUUUGCGCCAGGAAACGGUCGGUUUUGUGCCAACCAUGGGUGCCUUGCACAAGGGCCACUGCCAUUUGGUGGGCCAGAGCUUGAAAGAAACGCAUCGAACCGUGGUUUCGAUUUUCGUCAACCCGUCCCAAUUUGCCCCACACGAGGACUUGGACGCAUACCCGCGGACCUUGGAACGGGACUUGGCGACCUUGCAGACGUCUUUUCUGGGCAAGGGCGUCGAUGCGGUGUUUGUGCCGAAAGUUCUGGAAAUGUAUCCCUCGGGCAUUGUGCUUGACGUGCACAAACAAGUUGGGGCCUUUGUGACUGUGCAUGGCUGCUCGGAGCAGCUAGAAGGCGCACAGAGACCUGCUUUCUUCCGUGGAGUCGCUACGGUGGUGGCCAAGUUGUUGAAUGUCGUUUCGCCUACUAAAGUGUACUUUGGGCAGAAAGACGCCCAGCAGUGCGUGGUGAUCAAGAACAUGGUCAAGGACUUGUUGUUCGACACCGAGGUUAGUGUCUUGCCCACUCUCAGAGAAGAAAACGGCUUGGCCAUGCUGUCCCGCAACGAGUACUUGUCUCCAGAAACAAAGGACCAAUGUGCCAUCAUCUACAAGGGUCUUUGUGCGGGACAGGCCGCCUACCAGACGCAAAAGGAACUGUCACAGGGUCCGGUGAGCUCGAAUCUCAUUUUGGAAGAGAUCCGUCGUGUCUACCUGAAAAUGCCAUCAGACUGGGAGGUUGAGUACAUUGCCAUUUCGCAUCCGGAAACCUUGGCUGACCUUGAGGAGGUGGAUCCAAAAGUCGGCGCCACCGUCUCUACUGCUGUCAGGGUCCCAAAGAAGGAAGGCGGAGUGGCUAGACUCAUUGAUAACGUGCAAUUGUGA